UUUUGUUUACGUUUUGGUUUUGGUUGGGCCCGGAGCGCGGUCCGUUUGAAAGUUGCAGUUCAAGUUGAAACCAAAGUUGAAACAAUGAAAUAAUAUCUGCAUUCUUCCGGCGCUUAUUCCAUGAUAGUUAUAAUUCUGUAUGUAAAAUAUACCUCAAGCAUGCCGACCUGUACGGUCAUAAAGUAAUGUGACUAGACGUUUAUACUUGUGCUGUGCAUACUGAAGCAAAGCAGUAUUGGUAUAUCAUACAAGUGUUUGGUGUCGCUUAUCUAAGAACAACUGAACCGGAACGAAAAAUAGCUCUGAUCAAUUGAGCAAUCAUGUCUGCAAGAGUCGGUUGGCUCGUCCAGGAGCUAGAAGAGGAGAAUUCAGCGCUUCAGCUUGAACUGAAAUCCACUCAGGAUGAGCGUGACCAGCUGCAGCAGGAGGUGGAGGAGCAGCGCCGCCUCCUCCAGAGCUGCGUGGAGGAGGUGUUCUCGCUGAAGGAGGAGCUGUCGCAGCUGAUGGGCUCGCUGGGCCCGCCGGCGGCCGCCGAGCGGCAGCAGCAGCUCUGCCAGCGGCUGGCGCGCCACGUCUCCGAGAUCGAGCGCGAGGUGGCCGAGAAGGGCGCGCGCGCCGACGAGUGGCGCGCCGAGCGCGAGCGGCGCGCGUCGGCGCUGGCCGAUCUGCAGCAGCAGCUGGAGCUGCAGCGCCAGGAGGGCUGCCGGCUCAGCGCCGAGCUGCAGCUCGCGCACAGCGCCGCCGAGAAACAGGCCGCGGAAAAUCAAAGCAAAAUCGCGGAGCUCGAAGAAACUAUCGAUUGCAUCACCAAGCAAAAGGCCACGGUUGAAGAAAACCACGCAAAGGAAGUUGAGGCCCUGAAGAAAAGCAUAAAAGAUGCUGAGGAAUCCGUUCGCACGGCGUGCAGCAGCCAGGAGCAGCUGCUGGCCGCGCGCCGCGAGCAGGACCGGCUGUCCCGGCAGCUGGCCUCGGUACGCACCCGGCUGGCGGAGCGCGACUCGCGGCUGGCGGAGAGCACCCGGCAGCUGGCCGAGCGCACCAGCCAGCUGGCCGACGCCGUCCGCUCCGUGGAGGUCAAGGCCGCUCAGGUGGUCGGCCUCAAAUCGGCGUUGCACGAUAGCAAGUCACGGACUACACAGCUGCAAAAGGAACUGACAGAAAAAUCCAAACAAGUGGAAACGCAGGCGGCGUCCAUAGCCCGAAAGGACGAGGUUAUCAAGCGCCAGAAAGUGAAGCUGGAGAGCGUGGCCAGGGACCUGAACAAGCUGAAGUCGGUGUUCUCCGACACCGACCUGCCCGGCAUCUGCGAGUGUAACGAGGCUGCCAUUGGCGGCAGUCUGCGGGACCUGCGUGCCCUGAGGGGCGGCCGGCCGCUACCAGCAUGUCCGGCCAAACAGCUGCGCUCCACCAUCGCCCAGCUGAAGAAACAACUGGAAACGGCGCAAGCUCGUGUCGCCGAGCUGGAGACGAGUCUGGACGACAUCCGCCAGAAGCUGCCGCAGAUGUCAGCCGAGGCGGACCGCGCCUACAUGGAGCUCCAGACGAAGCUGCAGGAGCAGCAGGCGGCGACGGCUGCCGCGCAGACGCAGCAGCGCGAGCAGCAGCGGCGCAACCAGCAGCUGGUGCUGAAGCUGGCGGCUGAGACGCGCCGGCUGAAGGACAGCGAGCAGCUGGCGCAGCGGCUACGGCUAGAGAACAGGUCACUGGUGACGGACCGAGUCCAGUGGGAGCGCACCUCCACCAAGCUGCAGGCGGCGCUGCACGAGACGGUGCAGCUGACGGCGCGGCUGCAGGCGGCCCGCGCUGAGCUCGAGGCCGAGCGCCGCCUCACCGGCCAGAUGAGGCAGAGGCUAGACCAGGCGGACGCCCACAUGAAGUCGCAGCUGAAGGCGGUGAUGGAGGAGCUGCACCAACUGCGUCGCUCGGCCGACACCCUGCCCGCCCCGCAGGUCGACUGGCCGCGCAAAUACGAGGAGCUCCUCGACAGAUGCCAAGAGUGGCAGGAGGAAUGCCUGGCGCGCCAGAAGGACUGCAUCACCAUGGAGCAGCGGCUCGGCAUGCUGGCCAAACAGGACAAGGCGCCGCAGGAGAAACUGCCGGAGCCGGCGGCGCUGAGCGGCGGUGGCGGCGCGCCGGCGGCAGACGCGGCGCAGCUGGCGCGCCUGGAGCGGCAGCUGCAGACCCUGCUGGCCGCCGUGACCCGAGUGGCCACGGCGCCGCCGGGUCAGCCAGCGCGCGCCCGCUCCGUGCCUGAGAUACCGGUGCCGAGCCCGCGGGGCUCCGAGCGGCGCUGGAGCGGUCCGGCCGACACCAGCUCCGGAACGAUCGGCACCGCCGACGGGUUCUCUCGAGGCGUCGAGCUCCGUCCCCUCACGCCUAUCCGAGACACCUCCCAGUCCUCUCUGGACGCGGACGGCUGUUUCCGCUCGUCGUUCGUGGCCGAGGAGCGCGGCGGUCAGGGGGCGCCCCUGUCGGCCGUCCAGACGGCGCUGGGGACGGCUCGUUCGGACGGCACCUCCGGCUCGGUGGUGGUGCCCGAGCUGGCGCCGCUGCUGCAGCGCGUCACGGAGAUCAUCUCGGAGGUGGAGAGGCAGAGGGACCAGCUGGCCACCCAGGGUCACCUGCUGGAGGAGUACCGCGGUCGGGCCGAGGGACACCGGGUGGUCGAGAGACGCACCGCGGCGGCCACACAGCAGACGUCCUCGCGGUCGGACCCCGCCCGGGCAGAGGGGACAGAGGAGGAGGAGGAGGAGGAGGAGGAGGAGCCGUGCAGGGACGGUGAGCAGAGCCGCGUCAGCCGUCGGACCGCCGAGGCCGGCGGAGACGACGGCCGGCCGCAGCGGGCCAACGCCGCGCAGGACGCCCAGACCCAGUCCUCCGGCUCAGCCGGCGCCGGCGGCGGCGGCAGCCUGCCCCUGCCGGCGCCGCCUGGGCAGCCGCUGCCGCCACGCCGGCACCGCUCCAACUCACGGAGGCGCGACAACGAGCGUCAGGAGCGUCUGGCGCACUUCCGCGCCCUGCAGCAGCUGCUCGACAAGAUGACGGUGACCUCCGACAGCGGGACGCCCGUCAGCCGCCCGCUGACCGAGCCGGACAUCCCGGACCUGAGCGAGCUGCGCGCUCAAUGGCGGCACCUGGAGACCAUGGUCCGGGACGAGACCGAGUCGGCCCGCACUCGCAGCGACGUGGUGCUGCGGCUCUCCGGCAUCUCUGAGCCGAGCCAGUGACGUCAGAGACCAGUGACGUCACAACAGCAGGGACCGCGGCCCGGUGAGCCAAACGACAAAUCCGGCUGGUCACAGCUACCGGAUCGAAUGCAUAUCGUGACUAAAAUUACUGAAUUGAAUUCCCAGUCGCGGGACUUAACGGCGGUAGCAGCUUGUGCAAGCUAUUUGAGAGAGGAGAUAUGAUGAUCAGAUUGUUCUUUGUUAAAGAAAAAUACCCUCGGUGUUUUGCGUCGCGUUGCAAACCACCCGUAUCCGCUUAGGUAUCCGAAUCUGCAAGUAAUGAGUCCUGCGGUUUUAACGGACAGGUGAAGUCCCCCGUCUCUGACGGCAAUCCAGCAGGUGUAUUGUGACUAGUGACGCGAUCAGUCUCCUCUGAGCGGCCGCCGGGACAGUCGGUGUCCUAUCCGGAAAUGGCGAGCUCUGCGCGGCAGCGGGCGCGUGGUCGGUCGGCUGAAUAAAUUAGCGGCGAGCG